UAGAAAAUUCGAAAAUUUGCAGAUCAUCAAUAAACCGUGUUGCUCGCAGUGUACAUACAUAUGCAUAUUCUUUUACAACAACGCGCCGCGCGCCUUUUUUUUGCCUCGAAUAGAAGAAUUGCUGUUGUAAUAAAUUGAGGCUCCAAACCAAAAUUUGCACGUUUGCCAGUUCGAUUAUUGGUAAAUUUUUCUGCAUCUGGCCCUUCCCAUGGGCACUCCAACCAGUGAAUUGGCGAUGGCUCUAGACAUACCGUCGCCGUCAGGCGUUGGGAAAGGGCAGGCGCAAGUUGAAUUCACGGGUACCAAGUUUGAAAUUGACAGCAGCAUUUCAGAGGAGGAGCGCCGCUUCUAUCACAAGCUUUUCCCUACAGUGGAUUUGGUAAACCAGCGCAAGGUACACUGUACCGUAUGCCGAACACACAUUGGCACGGCGCCCAGCGUUGAGGGUAACAUCAAAAUGCAUCCAAUUUUGCGGGUAACGCACUGCGUGAAGUGCCACGAUUUUUACAACAGCGGCGAAUUCUCCAAGGGCGAGGACGGCUCGGAGCUGUAUUGCCGCUGGUGUGGACAAGGCGGAGAGGUUUAUUGCUGCUCCACCUGUCCGUUCGUCUUCUGCAAGUCAUGCAUUAUUAAGAAUUUGUCGCGCGGUGUCAUCAAUGAUAUCGAACAGAACGAAAACUGGAACUGCUUUAAAUGCACAUCCAAAAUUUUGUGGCCAUUACGAGCGCAGCAUUGGGCUCUCAUCAACUACAUCGAGGCACAAAAAAAAGGAAUCAAGUCACUACAGCUGCCCGAGGCUGAAGCCCGCUCUCAAAUGAUGAAGGAUAACAGCACCUGCUGUCGCCUGGCCAAAUCUCGGGCGAGUGGCAUGUCCGAUUCCAUGGAGAGCAUCGAGUCAAAUGCAUCGAAGCGCAGUCACUCUAGUUCCGUUAAUUCAACGAAGAAACCGCAAAAAACUCAGGGUCCGCCAACAAAGCGACCAAAGUCGUCAAACGAUGAGGUCGUUUGUACUCCGGAUCUAUUGAGUAUGCUGGAACCAGACUGUCAAAUCUCGUUGCCACAGACCACAGUUGUACGACAAGUUACGCCGUCGGCAAAUAUAACCACCACACCGCGUAUUGUAACCGUCCAGCAGAACUAUACUGGUCCGUCUUCAGCAACCGGCACUAAUGGCGGUAGUGCUGCAACUUCCAUGCCGCGUAGCAAUGCGCCACCACCGUUGGUACCGAGUAGCACUGGUAUUAGAUAUCGCGGGCCUAACACCAGUUCGCUAAGUGUGGUGCGCCGCACAUUGGUAGCACCGAUGGCUGCACGGAACCCAGGUCCAGUUUUUCAUACCAUCAAUGGCUUUCGCGUCGAUCUCAACUCUGCCGCACAGCAGGAAUCUUACCGGUUGCCAAACGGUCGUCUCAUACAGGUCAAGCGUCAGGUGCCAGCUGCAUCAACGACACCGCAGCAGCCGAGGCCAAUUACACCAGCCCCGCUUUCGGUUGGCCCUCAAGUUGUUCUGCGUCAACGCCAGCCAUUACCAUCAGCAGCACUACGCCAGGGUACAAACGGUGGAUAUGGCUCGAAUAUGGGCAUUUAUAAUCCGCAACCGAACCCUCAACCGAGAAUGCCGCAUCUGGUACGCCUUAAUAAUGGCGCUCAGAUGCAAUCUGUACCGGUUCAGGUACAGCCACAACCUCAGCCACAGCCUCAGAUGCCGGGUCCACCCAAUGGUGCGCCCGUUGUAUUAACCCCAGUGGGCAUGCGUACCUCCACCUUGGUUCGUCACAUUUUUCCCAAUGAUGCCAUCGGCUCGGCUCGAACACGUCUGCAGGAGCAAAUUUUCAACGCAAUGGAAAUUUGCACACAUCUCACGGGAAAGGUGCAAACACUUACAAACUCGAAUGCUUACAAUUCGGCUCGCAGUUAUCUGGACCUCAAAGAGCUCUACAUACAUCUAUCUUAUUUGAUGACAUACGCAAUUGGACGGUUCAAAGGAUUGCAGGACAAAUGCCUUGCCGAUAUGCGUGACCUUGGCUUCAAAAAUGAUGCCAACAGUCUUGAGAACGGUCAAUUGGCUGCCGAAAAGCAAGCCAGUGAUGACGAAGACAACGAAAUAGAAAUUGUAGAGCCAAAAACAGACACAAUUACUAUAGAUUCGGAUAAUGAAGAAGAAGCGCCGUCAACAUCCACUUCCAAUGCCAGCGAUUUAAAAAUAACAUCUGUGACAUCAACCGCACCCGAAUCAACCGAUGCAGGUGGCCCUGAAGAAUUUCUCAUCGAUGUUUCUAGCUUUACCACAUCAAUUUUGGCUAGCAUGCUGGAAGUUGACAUUACGGAAGGUAACGGGAACGUCAAGAAAAGACCAUUAGCAUCUCCUGGCGGCACAGUGCAGAAAAAACAACCACGCAAGAAAACAACAAACAAGAGAAAUCCAGCCCUUCUUCAAUUGGAGCGUGAGCGUAUGGAGGAAACAAAACGCACUGAUAGAAAACUGAAAAUGAAAGUGGUUGUUAAAUUAAAGCGCGUCGAAGAAUAUCACCCAAUAGCACGAAAAUGGGCUGAACAAAUGUCUGCUGCAAAGACCCCUAGAGAACCUACAGGUGCUUACGAAGUAACUGAUCAUAGUCGCGGUACUAGUUAUAAGACUAAUAAGACUGAUGCUGAUGAAGCACUUUCGAAAUCAACUGAGAAUAUUUCUAUAAAUAAUGAUAAUAGCGGGCACAGCGCCAAAAAUGAUAAUGUUCGAGUACGAGUGAAAACAACUAACGAAACAUCUACUACUAAGACUGGAGAAGAAAAUCAAUCUGGAAGAAAUUCAACUGGCAUUGGAGAAAAAAUGGAAGUUGACGGAAACGAUAAGCCUCCCUUAGACACCGCUGCAGACACGAAUAUAGGACAACCUACUGAUAAUAAUUUAUCAGGAAGUACGAAAAUGGGAGUGAAUAAAAUUGAUGUGUCUACAGGCGUUGGUAAAAAGCUGAACACUUCCGUAGAAGAAAGUCUACAAGAGUCUACAGAGGCCGCUGUAAACAAAACUAUAGACUCCACAGAAACUGCUAAAGAACAGCGUCGAGAUUCUACAGGUGCCCAUGAUAAACAAACUCCUGCUAGUAUAGAUAUAGUUGUUGAACAUCCGCAAGAAUUUACCCACACUGUAGAGUCCUUAAAGCAAGCAGAGGUCCCUGAAAAUAUUCCUGAAAAACAAUCUCCAGAGACUGCUGCGGAACAACUACUACACCCUUUAAACGCUGCCGUUGAAAACUCAGAAAGAACUAAAGAUUGUGUUGAAAACCAAUUGUUGGACUCUACAGAUUCUGCAGAAAAACAAUCUCUGGACCCUACAGUUAAAGCCGUGGAAGAACUGCAAAUCUCUCGAGAGCAAUGUCUAGACUCUACAGAAACUGCUGAGCAAGAAUUGCUAGACCCAUCAACUGAGGCCAUAGGAAGUUCUUUAAACCCCACAGACACUGCCAUAGAAGAAGCUCUAUGUACAGUACUGGAGAAACCUGCUGAUGAGUAUAUAUCGGAAAUAGUAGAGCAAAUAGAUAUCGCGCAAAAUUUUGAAACUGAUAUUCAGCAGCUAGCCGAACUAUUCGAAUCCAAUGAAGGUGUCGGAUCUAAUACCAUUGAAAUGUCAGAGCUACAAAGUGAGAAGGAUAAUUUGACACUUAAAAUUUCAGCCGACCCCACCUCUGAUUCUGGAAUAACUGCAGAGGAAACAGACCCAGCCGAGGUGCAGGUAACACAUGAGCUUGAAAAGAAAACCGGUUCAGAUUUGUCUAGUUGCCCGGAUCAAUCACAAUCUUGCGAAGAAACAGGUCUUGAAGCAGACCAGCAACAAAUCACACGCAACGACAGCAAUGAGACACUUCCUAAUUCGGGUGAGUCGUCUACUACGACUCUGUUUGGCUAGUUUGUGAUGAUCAUGUUAGACCCUUCCGACUAUUACCGAUGUAUUUAAUAGUAUAUAAGAACGUCAUUUACAUAAAAUGUAUGUAUUUAGACAUGUGCUCCCUUGCCUUGGUCAAGAAAAGCACAUAAGUACAUCGCCAACAAAUUGUCGAUAACCUCAUUUACACAAGGCCUCGAAUAUUCAUAUGUACGUAUAUAAAAUUGAAUUGAAGUUCCAGAGGAAACCAAUUGAACUUCCAGCAUUAUAAGAAAUAACGCUCAUUUGUUUGUUUGAGUUUUUCUAUUUUUUCGACAACAGUUUUAAGUUAUUCGGACAAAUUAUAUCAUAAAAAAAAGUUUGUUUUGCUAUCGCGAUAAAAGAGUUUAACUUACUAACUGUAAGUAAAUGUCAUGAAUUGUUGUUUUCAAAA